GACGUCAUAACCACGCGCCGGAUUAUGACGUUUUGAAAAGGGCGCCGUUGAAAACAACAGCCACAGUUUUAACAAUCCGUGGUUUAUGUUGGCGUCCUGUCUAUUAAAUAAUACCAGUAUAAUUAGUAAAAGUAAUAAUUACAGUAGGUAUUGUUGUCAGAAUGGACAGUGAAAUCCAACGAGACGGUAGAGUUCUGGAUCUGACCGAUGACGCCUGGAGGGAAGACAGGCUACCUUAUGAGGAUGUCACCAUCCCUCUGAGCGAACUCCCUGAAGCCGAGCAGGACAACGGCGGAUCCACGGAGUCGGUGAAAGAACAAGAGAUGAAGUGGACGGACCUUUCGCUGACAAGCCUGCACGAAAACACUCCGAAUACUGGGAGCUGAACCAGCACUGGAACGAGACUGUGUUCCAAUUCCCACUCGGGUCGAUGACCUUCAUUUUGCGUUGAAUUAUUCUUAGUUUGUUGACGUUUUCUGGAGCGGUCGCUUGAUGUGUUGGCACCACAAUUGGCGGAUGAGCAUGGAUUUAUGUUUACGGAUAUGUCAUGAAAGACCCAUGCAUGCAUGCAUGCUGAUGGUUCUUUGGUUUGACAUGCUAGCAGCACAAAGCUAAUUAAAAGAUAUUGAAAUAUCAGAACAAUAAUAAUCGUGAAUAACGACUCAAGUCAAUUCAGUCUUCUGUUAUAGCUCCACUCCAUCUUCCGGAUGUGGUCAUGCGGUCCAUUCCCCCGCAGGACCGAGGGAUAUCUAUAGGACCCUCCUAAACGGUCCCACAGGGUAAAAUACUGUCCAUAGUUGUAGUUGAAGAAAAGAUGAUGGUCCACAUGGUGGGCGGCACCAUUAAUGAGAUGUAUCAAGGGACCCGGGAUGCGGUAGUCACCGUCGUGUAUGGAAAUGGUCCAGAUAUUGACAAAGACGAAGAGAGACAGGUAGACGACCUUGUGGAGCGGGAACAUGAAAGGGUAGACGUGGUAGGGUAAGCUCUGCAGGAAGCCGUCGAGCGGGUGGAAGGCGUGGCUCGCAAACGGCGUGGGGAUCUUGAAUAAAUGAUGCUGCUUAUGUAAGUACUGAAGGGGAGAAAGAUGUGUAAACAAGACACAAUUUAUUAUUAUUUAUUAUUAUUAUUACAAAUUUAUUAUUACUCAAAGGAGGUCAGUAGCUUGAAGCCUAUUAUUAGUCUAAAAAUAUGCAUAUUUUCAGCGUGUUGUACAUAUUUUUGGCCCAGUUUAAACAUUUUUAAUCAGAAAAAUGAACUAAAAUACCAGGUAGCAUUACGUGUCUGCUUAAGUUCAUAUUCACAUACAUUUUAGUCAUGUUAACAAUGCUAACAUUAGCAUGUUAACACCUAACAUAAUAGUGUGCACCUAUGAAAAUUGCUAAAAAUGCUAGUAUGCUAAAAUUAGCAGGCAAGCAAUGCUUAUGUUAGUAUGCUAACACCUAGCAUAAUAGUGUGCACCUAUGAAAAUUGCUAAAAAUGCUAGUAUGCUAACAUUAACAGGCAAGCAAUGCUUAUGUUAGUAUGCUAACACCUAGCAUAAUAGUGUGCACCUAUGAAAAUUGCUAAAAAUGCUAGUAUGCUAAAAUUAGCAGGCAAGCAAUGCUCAUGUUAGUAUGCUAACACCCAGCAUAAUAGUGUGCACCUAUGAAAAUUGCUAAAAAUGCUAGUAUGCUAAAUUAGCAGGCAAGCAAUGCUUAUGUUAGUAUGGUAACACCUAGCAUAAUAGUGUGCACCUAUGAAAAUUGCUAAAAAUGCUAGCAUGCUAAAAUUAGCAGGCAAGCAAUGCUCAUGUUAGUAUGCUAAUGCCUAGCAUAAUAGUGUGCACCUAUGAAAAUUGCUAAAAAUGCUAGUAUGCUAAAAUUAGCAGGCAAGCAAUUCUUAUGUUAGUAUGCUAACACCCAGCAUAAUAGUGUGCACCUAUGAAAAUUGCUAAAAAUGCUAGUAGUAGUAAAAACCUAUGGACA